AUGGAUCGAAAUUUGGGAGGUGUCGACGAAGUCCUGGCGCCGAGCUACGCUGAAAAACUGUCGAAGUCUGCGGUGUCGCGUCUUAGUCUGUGCUCGGUGGGCUCCGCAGAAUGGUACGCAGCUUUGAAAGAGCGUCUGAACAUAACCGUGAGGUUUUGCGUCUCAAAGCAGAGACAGCUAGAUCGGAGUAGCGUCGUCCGCGACGUCGAAGGCGUCGUGCUUCCCAGCCUCACUCCGGCGAUGGUACAUGAAGUUGAGGCAGCCUUGGUGCCGACGCCCCCAGAUGAAGUGCUCGCAUCGGCCUUCCGGCUGAACAUCAGUAGGGCCGACAUGCACACACUCACCGACACCCAGUGGCUGAACGACGAAGUGGUAAACUUCUACAUGAAUCUCCUCAUGCAACGGUCACAGAAAGAAGGCUUUCCCACCGUCUAUGCCUUCAACACAUUCUUUUAUCCCAAGCUGGUGCAAGGCGGCCACGCCGCGUUGAAGAGAUGGACGCGCACUGUCGACCUCUUCUCCUUUGACAUUAUUCUGGUGCCCCUGCACCUCACUGCGCACUGGUGCCUCGCUGUAGUUGACUUCCGUAAGCCCCACAUUGCUUACUACGACAGCCUGAACUCAGAUUGUGAACAACCUCAGUGCUUGGCCACACUGCAGAAGUACUUGGAAGACGAGAGCCUUCACAAGCGAAGCUACGGUCUUAACUGGGACUGCUGGACGUUGAAAGUGAUGGAUGUGCCACAACAAGAAAACUACAAUGACUGCGGCAUGUUCACUUGUCAAUUCGCUGAGUGUAUAUCCCGGGACGCACCUAUCUCAUUUGGUCAGCAGCAUAUGCCGUAUUUCAGGAAGCGUGUUGUCUACGAGAUCCUACACAAAACCAUACUUUCAGUGUGA